AGUGAUUAGGGUAGGAAAAAUGAUACAACUACAAAAUACGUUUAUUUUUGUCGCUUUGACAAUUUUUACUUCUGCUUCAACAACAAGCUUAAAGAAUGAAACCAAACCCCUCAACACAAUUUCAACGCUAGCUGCUCAAACAAACAUUUCAAACCCAGAAGAAGAUUUGUUCGAUACAAACGGAGCACCAAAAAGUGAUACUGUGAAUGCAUCUACAACUACGGAUCGUCACAAGAUUCCACGCUGGGUCAAUGAACAGAAGAUGCAAAAGCGACUUCACGCUGAACCAGCAGGUAACACUGUCCAGUUUAGAUGUGCAGUUCAAGGUGCAAGACCAAUCACCGUGGAUUGGUAUAAAGAUGGGGAACCAAUCAAGAAGAAUGGAAGACUGGGGGGAUACAAGUUCCGUCAACGCAACCAGCAAAUAUCAUUGGAGUCGGUGAUAAUGUCCGACCGUGCUAAGUACAUGUGUGUGGCCCAUAAUAAGUACGGCUCCAUCAACCAUACUUACGAACUGGAUGUAGUAGCGCGGAUCCCCAUUCCCCCUGUGUUGUCAGCCGAUGGAAUGAAGAAUCAAACUGUUAAAGUUGGUUCCACUGUCACUUUUCGGUGCCGAAUAGUCUACAGCGACGCACACCCCCACGUAGAGUGGCUUAAAUAUAACGUCAACGUCACUGUGUUGAAGAGAGCUGGUAUUAACACUACUGACGCGGAGAUGGAAAAGUUAACAUUGAAAAACGUUUCAUUUGCCGACGCUGGGGAAUAUACUUGUCUUGCUGGAAAUUCUAUCGGGGUGUCUCAUGUUUCUGCAUGGCUCACAGUGCUGCCAGUUGUAGAUGAGAAUGAUGUAUGGACCGAAGAAAUCCCACAAGACACUCAUUAUCUCAUAUAUAUCUUUGGGGUUGUGUGCUUCAUAAUACUACUUGCGUUCAUUGUGUAUAUGUGCAACUCUCGCUAUCAAAAUAAAGAUCCUCCCCGUUUGAUCCCGAUCGAGAACCCCGACAACAUCCCCCCCAUGUCGAAGAUGGAGGAGCCGGUGAUGUUGUUCGGGAACGAACAAGCUUGGAGGAGGAUGUGUCUUCCUCAUGCUGAUCAUAUCGAGAUCAACAUCCAACCUGAUCUACAGUGGGAACUGAAGAGGGAAGACAUCCUCCUCCAUGAGCGAAUCGACGAAGGCUUCUUUGGCCAAGUAUUCCGUGCAGAUCUUAUAAGAUGCGCUGGUGGAAGGAAGGAAAAAGUUGACGCUGCUGUCAAGAUGUUGAAGAGCACAAGGACAGAAAAAGACAUGUUAGAUUUGCUAACAGAGAUGGACCAAAUGAAAAGGGUUGGGAAACAUAAGAAUAUCGUCAACCUGCUUGGUGUUUGUACACAGAACGGUAUUUUAUGGCUGGUGACAGAAUAUGCUCAGAAAGGAAACUUGAGAGACUACUUGCGACGCAACCGACCGAGCGAGCUACAAUACGAACUCAGCACCCCUGACUCUCCGGCCCCACCUCGUGACGAACCACUAACAUUGAGAGCGCUGAUGUCAGCCUCCCACCAAGUGGCUCGGGGAAUGGAAUAUUUAUCACAAAAGAAGUGCAUUCAUCGGGACUUGGCGGCAAGAAACGUUCUUGUUGCGAAUGAUUUUGUCAUGAAGAUUGCUGACUUUGGUUUGGCAAGAGAUAUUCGAUCCAAUGAUUAUUACAGGAAGGAAACCAGGGGUCACCUUCCAUACAAAUGGAUGGCUUUGGAAGCAAUGACCGACAACAUGUUCACGCACGCCACAGAUGUAUGGUCAUUCGGGAUUCUACUUUGGGAGAUUUUCUCCUUAGGUGGUUCCCCCUACCCCGGGGUGAAGACCCACGACCUUGUAAGGUUCCUCCGAAACGGGGACCGACUCGAACAGCCCCAGUUUGCUUCCUCGGAGCUUUAUCGAUUGAUGCGCGACUGUUGGGAGGAAUCGCCACGGAGACGACCCCAGUUCCGACAACUUGUCGAGGAUUUGGAUCGAAUGCUGGCGAGUUCUUCAUCUCUGG